AUGAAUGAUAAAAAACGUAAGAAAUCUCGUCGUGUCCAUGUUGUCGCAAAAAUUGAUAACAAACCUCCACGUUUCGACGCAUCUGUUUAUUUGAAAGCUCACGAUUUGCAACAAGAUGCUAUACGAGUUAAACAAAUAGAUAAAGAGAAUAUGAAACUAUUGAAGAAAAUUAACAUAGUUCAUCGAUUAGGGGGACCUGUGGAUUGUUGGGCACCAAAUGUCAAAUAUAAAUCAAAAUUUAUGGAUCAAGAUCGUAAAAACAAUAUAAUUAUGCGGCAAAAUAGAAUUGUACUAAAGAAAAUCCACCAAGCGGAAAGUCAAUAUCCUGCUCGUAAAUUUUUGAAAAACUGGAAGAGUAUGCAUGAAGCAGUGGAGCACCGUGCAAGAUACAUGUCAGUUAUUGAAAGAAUGUCCGUUGUACUAGAUGUACAAAGGCAACUAUCUGGGAAAAGUCAAACGAAAUGUUUCUUUGACAUUGGGCUUAAAGAAGAAAAUCAAAAAUUAGGGCGCAUAGUAUUUGAACUCUAUGACAAUGUCGUACCACGUACGUGCGAGAACUUUGCAGCUUUCUGCCGUGGAGUGAAUGGAUUGUCAUAUGAGCGUACUCCAUUUCAUCGUAUCGUCUCUGGCUAUUGGUGUCAAGGAGGAGAUGUCACAAAGUUUGAUGGUACCGGCGGUACUUCCAUAUACGGUGACUCAUUUGAUAAAGAAAACUCUACUCUGCAUCAUGCAGGACCUGGAUUCCUCUCUACAUGCGACAAUGAAGACGGAAAAAACGAUUCCAAAUUUAAUCUUACAUUUAAAUGUUUGAAAACUGUAGAUGGAGAUAAGACCGUUUUCGGCCGAGUAAUAGAUGGAUUGAUGAACAUUUACAAGAUCGAGGGAUUCGGUACGAAGACUGGAAAGCCAAUAAAAUCGGUGAUUGUGUUAAAUUGCGGAGUCCUAUCGACAAAACGUAUGUAUGAAAGGCUGUCCAAGUUUCAAAUAUGAGCAGACUGCAUUAUUUUCACAUGCGAAAAUGUAAU